AUGAAGCAACACGCGACAUUUUUAAUUUUGCUCCUCAUAAUUACAACCACAACAUUGCUGGUGCAUCAAACCACGGCGAGCUGUGGCGUAUGUGGCACAAAUGGUAUUGCAUGCAUCAGUGAAACUGAAUUCUAUUUAUGUUUUAACAGCCAGCCAGAUAAUAGUACCGUUCAAACAUGCCCCAAUAAUGGCACCUGCACUAGUCUAAUGCUAAAAUGUUCGGAUGCGGCAAAUGCUCCGGCAGACUGUGAGCCCCUCGCUUGUGGCUGUACUGUGGAUAGCGGCAUGUUUGUCUGCACCAGUCGCACCACCUACGCUCAAUGCAAUGGCAACGUAACCGUAGCGACGGGAACUUGUCCCACAGGACUUACUUGUGCUGCUACAAGAGGAGGAGAGAUUUGUGUUGACGACUGUCUGUUGGAAGGUCAAAUAGAGUGUGAUCGGGCAGCGCCUGAAAAUUAG